GCAGCAGAUGCGGAGACGAGAGCACGGGUGGUCAGGGUUCGAGUCUCGGUGGCACCAAUUAGUGCGGGGAGAGGGCAGGGAGGAGAAGGGGGUGGAGGAGGGGUGAGUGGUGUUGUGGGGAUGUCUAACGUGAGGGGCCAGGACGGUUCCAUGGGGGAUUCUGGGCCUUCGUGGGUGGUAACCCGAGUGGAGAAGGUUACAGAUGGGGCUGAUGGGGGGGAUGGUGGUGUUUCUGAUGCGGAGAUUGGGCUUGGGUUGGAAAGGGUCCUCGCAGUGCGGAAGCAGCACUUUGAGCAGCAGCAGCAGCAGCAGCAGCAUGUGAGUCUAUCUGGUCAACAGGCGUCAAGGGCUGUCCUGAAUGUUCCCCAGGCGAUUGAGCAUGGGAAGAAGCACGCAGGCCAGAUUCCUGAGUCAGCAGCAGCAGCAGCUCAUGCGGCGCCUCAGAAACAGCAGGAGCAGCUGGAGCAGCUGGGUCUUGAUCGUAAGAGCGAGAUUCCGUUAGCAACAGCAGCAGCAGCAGGAAGUAAAGCAGCAGCAGCAGCAGCAGCCGCAGCAGGUAAAGCAGCAGGGAAGAGCGCAGAAGCAGCAGCAGCAGGGGCUUCUGCUCCUGCUGUUGCGGGCACGGCGGGAGGAGGAGCAUCUGGAUCAGGGUCACCUGUUUUGGCUCCACUGUUUGUCAAAUCCGCCUCUGUCCCGUCAGGCAGGGAUAAGAGCAGCCAAAGAGAGGCUGCUGCUGCUGCUGCCACUGCUGCUGGCACUGGUGGUGUUACUGCUGCUGCAGCUGGUUGUGCUGGUGGUGUUGCUGUGGCUAGUGUUCAGUCUGCUGCUGCUGUGAUGGAGGGAGGCGGUGGAAGUGAGGUGGCUGGGAAGGGGAAAGGUGGGUGGAUUCCUGGUGCGUGUAGUAAGGCGGGUGGUGGUAAAGGGGGGAAGGAGGGAGGUGGCAAGGGGGAGGAGAGGAAGCAGCGUGGGAAGAAGGGUAAGGAGGACAAGUUGAGAGAGAGGGAGAUGGAGAAGGAAAGGGAGAUGGGGAGGGAGAGGGAGAAGGAGAAGGAGAAGGUGAAGGAGAAGGAGAAGGAGAAGGUGAAGGUGAAGGAGAAGGAGAAGGAGAAGGAGAAGGUGGAGAAAAAGGAGGCGGAAUUGGAGGCUGAGCGUGAGAGGGAGUCAGUUAAGGCGAAGGAGAAAGAGAAGGAACAGGAAAGACGGGAGAAGGAACUUGAGUCGGAGAAAGAAAAGAAGAGGCAGAAGGAGGAGAAGGAGGAGGGGAAGAAGUUCAGACAGAAGGAGAAGGAGAAGUCUGCUGAGACUGAUGAAGGGAGAGAGAAGGCAAAGGAGAAGGGCUCGAAGGAGAGUGGCAGUUCAGAGAAGAAACGUGAGGAGAAGGGCGGGGAUCCCAAGGAGGAGAAGAAGCCGGGAGGUGAUGGUGUGGGGAAGGUGGGUGAGAAACCUGCCAGCGCUGGUGGUAGCGACCAGAAAAUGUCAAAGCAAGGUAGCUCUGAGAAGCAAGGAGGGGUCGAAAAGCAGGGAGGGGUUGAGAAGCAGGGUGUUGUAGAGACGGGAAAGAAGAAGAAAAGGCUUUCUGGUACACGUGAGCCUGCUACUGCAGCGCCUGCUGCCAGUGCUGCUUCUGCUGGUGGUGCUUCUACUGCUGGCGCUGCUGGGGCUGGUGCUGGUGCUGCUUCUUCUGCUCCUGUUGUUGCAGGAGACCAGCCUGAUGGGGCCAAAGGGAAGGAGGGCACAGAUUCUGGUAUGUCUGCUGGCCAUGAGGAUGCGAUCAGGAGUGGAGGGAAGCAGGCAGCGGAAGGGAAGAGCAGGAAGGAGGGGAAGGAGGGGAAGGAGAGAGGCAAGGAUCAGCCGAAGCUGACCCCUGCAUCAGCCAUAGCCGUAUCUGGCUCUCCUGUUGUUCGCUCUCCUGUUGGCUCCCCUGUAGAAAGCCCAACAAAGGAAGGUGGUGGGGGGAAGAAGCAGGGUUCUGGGGAAAAGGGAAGGGAAGGGGGUGGAGGGAAGGGGAAAGACAGCAGUGGAGGAGGGAAGGGGAGGGAUGCCGCAGGAGUCAGGGGGUCUGCUGUGGCCUCCCCCCCUCGUGCUCCCAGACAGCCGUCACCAGCACCAUCAGCUGGCCAAAGCACCGUCAGCAACGGUGUAUCGUCUGCUGGUGCUACUUCUGCAGCGAGUGGUGGUGUCUCAGCUAACGAUCUCGCUCUGGCUGGUGCGAAGCCAGUAGCGAUAGGAAAGCGGGCCCUGCUGCUGCAGCAGCAGAAGGAGCAGCAGGCAAUGCAGCAGAAGCUUGGUUCAGAUGCUAAGGCCGGUCGUGAGUCUGUGCUACCAGCAGCAGGAGCAUCUGGGCUGAAGGCUGGCACAGAGAAAGCAGGUUUGGUUGUUGGAAGGGGCAAAGCAGCUGCUCCAGCCAGCUCAGCGGGUUUACUCUCUGGCAGACAAGUUGCUCGUUCCGUCUCCCGCUCCCCACCACCACCACUGGACCCGUUUGUCUCCCCUGUAGAAUCAGCACCAAAACCACCACCACCACCACCACCACAGCCAACAUCAGUUGGCGAAGCUGUUCCUCACAACUGGCACGUGCCAAUAUCCGCGUCCUUCUCCUCGCCGCUGCCUGCGGGAGUAGGGGGAACACCAGGAGGAGGGGCAGGAGGAGCUGGCCGGACCGCAUCCAUUCCCAAGACACCCUCCUUUGUCAACACGUGCUCAGACCCAAUUCUGGUGCAUCGGCGCCACCCCUCUUCCUCCACUCCUGUUGCCAUCGGCAGCACCAGCAGCACCAGCAGUGGCGGUGGUGCUGCUGGUGCUGAUUCUUGGAAGGUUCCGGGGUCGCAGAGCCCUGGUGGUCGAGUUGGGAGCUAUCUCAAUGGGGGCAGUAGCAGUGGGGGAAGCGGCGGGAGCAGGGGGGAGCUGGCAGCUACUGCUGAUCUGGCGAUACGUGCGGUUACCAGGAGUGGUAGCAGAGAGGAUGGGCCAUCUGGAGUGGGGGCCUUUGGUGGGUUGAUGACUGGUGGUGGUGGCGUUGUUGCUGCUGUUGCUCCUGCUGCUGCUGAUGGGGCUACAGGGGCGGGUGCAGCUUUAGGAGGCCGGGGGGGAUUCUUGGAAGGUGGUUCUGGUGGUGGGAUGGCAGGUCCAGGUGAUGACGAAACAGCAGUGUACGACUUAUGGGGGAACCAUUUUGAUCACCUGGCAUCUCUCGGCUCAUCACCGCAUCCCUCCGGGAUGUCCCACCCAUCGAGCCUCUUCUUUUCGGACCGAGGCUUUCUGACGGGCUCCCCUCCGCCCACUGUCUCCUCUGUCUCGCACUCUGGCUUUCUCGGACCAUCCUUUCACCAGACCUCUCCCUCCUCUCCUCGCUCACCACGCGUUAUUGCACCCCCUAGAGCACGGGAUGCGGUGUCACCCCCACGAGACCAGUACCUCUUCUCUUCUGGUAUCUCUGGUACUCCUGGGACUGACUGUCUUCCCCGUCGCCCCUCCACCGAGCUAUUCUCAUCUCCUUUCGGCGGCUUUGCCCUCUUCCCCGCAACUCCGCUCUCUGCUGCUUCCCCUGGAGAUGCGGUACUAGGCCCACCUUCCAGGUCUGCCUCUCCCGCCCCAUUUGGAUACCCCGACAGAGGGGGUGGAUUGGGAGCAGGAGGAGCAGGAGGCGUGGGCCCGGGAAGUGAAGUUGCAGGGACUGGUGGAGGGCUGUUUGGACAGGCGCCAGGGGAUCCAUGCCUGCAGGGUCCUGUGAGCUCCCCGUUUGGAUUCGGUGUUUCAGGAAUCGACAUGGAAGGCUAUUUGAAUGGUGGAGGUGCUGCGGAUGCUGGCAGCCCUGCGUUUAUGAGGACUUCAGAUGUGGAGUCGUUCUGGUCGCAUGGGGCCCCGGAGCAAGCCUUACAUGCCCACCUUGCUCCUAGAGAAGAGGGUGAUGACACAAGCUAACAGCCAUGAAGACGUGAUGGUAUGAUACAGCUUCGGAGAUGUACAAUGUAUACAGCCAUGGAGAUGUCAUGCGAAACAUACAUCGUCCCCUGUGAGGUGCUGGUAAGUCCACCUGCAUGGUAAAUGUACAGCAGAUGCAACCAA